AUGCAGCAGAUCCUGGAGGACAUGUUCAUUGAGCCGGACCUCCUGGCUGAGCUGAGCGAGGAGCAAAAGCAGAUCCUUUUCUACAAGAUCCGUGAGGAACAAGUGCGGCGCUGGACGGAAUGGGAGAACCAACACGGGACCCCCGCCACGCAGACCCCCCAGGCCCGCAGGCGCCGUGUGCAGUGGCUGCUGGGAGCGGAUGGAGACGUGUGGGUGUGGGUGAUGGGCGAGGCCCCCGGUGACCGACCCUUCGAGGACAUCGUGGAGGAGCUGAUGGCCGAGAGGGCGAGGAAGCAGGCCCAGCAGGAGGCUCGGGAGCUGUGGCGUGUGAAGCAGGCGGAGAUUGAGAAGAAGUUCCGGGACGCCAUGGCCAAGGAGAAGGCUCGGUGCGCGGCGGGAAAGUGGAAGGAGGAGACGGAGGACAGGAGAGCAGCCAAGCUGGAGGAGGAGCGCAUCCAGGCUGAGCUCAAGAAACGUGAGGAAGAGGAGCGGCGGCGUGAGGAAGAGGAGAUCCGUCGCACCGAGGAGAGGAGGGCAAAGGAGCUGUACCUCUCCCUCAUAGAGGAGGAGGGGAAGAGCGAGAGGGAUGAGCAGGAGUGGCAAGAGCAGCUGCGUCGCUCCAAAGCGGCAGACGAGGAGAUGACCCGUAAGGCUCGGCGUGCGCGAGACGAGUACCGGCGCCAGUCGCUGCGGGCCAUCGAGAAGGGCCUGGUAGCAGAGCUUAGCGGCCUCUUCCAGGAGACGCAUCCAAACGGAUCGGCUUCGAACCGGAGACACAGCGCCCCCGCGGAACCCCGCAACGCAGCACCUGUCACCGAGGGGAAGCACACCUCCCACGGGAUAACAGCCCCUCCUGUCCAGCGUCGCAGACAGAACCGCAGACACAGCGCGUCUGCAGUUCCAAUGCUAACAGACAGCCCCGCCUGGGUGCGCCCUCCUCGGCCCAACUCCCGCGAAUCCAUCCUACGCUGGUUCAGGGAGGAGCAGAUGCCCAGAAGAGCCGGGUUCGAAAGGAGCAGCAACACCAUCGCCCCCUGGUUUCACGGCAUCAUCUCCCGCCAGGACUCGGAAUCCCUGCUCAGGAAGUCGGGGGAGGGCAGCUUCCUGGUGCGCGUCAGCGAGCGGCUCUGGGGUUACGCGCUCUCCUACCGCACGGCCAGUGGAUUCAAGCACUUCCUCAUCGACGCCUCGGGCGACUCAUACAGCUUCCUGGGCGUGGAGCAGAACCGUCAUGCCACCCUGGCCGACCUCAUCGACUUCCACAGGGAGGAGGUCAUCACCACAGCAGGAGGGGAGCUGCUGAAAGAGUCGUGCAGACCAAGGAUCUCCUCCACAAACUACGGGGGGCUCUUCCAGUGA